GUUUUUGUAUUCCGAGCGCGUUGACAGUUUAACGAAAAAAGGAAUAGAUUAGCAAUGGGAGGCCAGGGCAAAAUGAUAAAUCGGAAACGAAAAUUCGAGGGACGUAAGGAAGACGAUCCCGAGUUCGAUUUGGAUAGAAACAACUUUAAGUUGCUGCACGUGAAUACGAAAGAAAAGCGCCUGAUAAUCGUACUAGAAGGCGCGCAACUGGAAACUGUGAAGGUGAACCGGACAUUCGAGCUCCUCAACUGCGAUGACCAUGCGGGCAUUUUGCGGAAAAAUCAGAGAGAACCGGGCACCUGCCGGCCGGACAUCACCCACCAAUGCCUGUUGAUGCUGUUCGAUUCGCCGCUGAAUCGCGCCGGCUUGCUGCAGGUGUUUGUGCGCACCGCACAGAAUGUGAUCAUCGAGAUCAAUCCACAGACACGGAUACCGCGCACAUUCAAACGCUUCGCCGGCCUCAUGGUGCAGCUGCUGCACAAAUUUCAAGUACGCGCCAACGAGACGUCGCGCCGCCUGAUGAGCGUCAUCAAGAAUCCGAUCACAGAUCACUUGCCCGUCGGCUGCAAGAAGUAUGCGAUGUCCUACUCCGGCAGGUUGGUGACCAAUUGUCGUGAAUUGGUGCCGAAGGGCGAGGAGGGCAGCUCAGCCUACGAAGAGCCCGUGGUCAUCGUCAUUGGCGCCUUCGCUCACGGCACUCUCAACACCGACUACACCGAGGAGCUAAUCUCCAUCAGCCGGUAUCCGCUGUCGGCGGCCAUUGCCUGCUCCAAGCUCUGCAGCGCCUUUGAAGAGGUAUGGGGCGUGGUCUAGCCCCUCUAGUCUAGCCGCUCUUUAG